UGCUCUUUGAUCCAUGGCAGCACCGCAUGGACAAGCACCAGACAUUGAGUCACGGCUGGCAGACAAGCCGUCGCCUAAAUGUCGCCGUGAGCGCCUCAAGCCAGACGGAGAGUUUCUAGAGGCCUUCUGGAAGAUAAUACGCCCCCAGCUCCAUUGCCUUGAUCCCUACCUGCUGCUGCUGCUACUGCUACUGCUACUGUCUAGUAGUCCCCCUCUGACUGCCUGCCUGCCCGCCUGCCCACCCACCACCCACUCUGCCCAGCGCGUCAUCACUGCGCCCUCACCCCUGGGGGCCUUUGCACCUACAGUACAAUUGCUUUCUCUACUAGCCACCCAGCUUCACCUCCGCCGCUGUCGUCCUGUCCCCCAUCUCCUCCUCCUCCUCCUCCUCCUCCUCCUCCUCCUUCUCCUCCUUCCCCCCUUGAACCUCGCAUCGCCGCUGCCCUUGGAUCCUCGCCGCACUGCCAGCUGCUGCUGCCCCCCUCCAUCCCUGUACGUCUCGCGACCGACGACCGACGUCAAAGAGCUGCGCUCAACCCCUCACCACCCGCCCACCGCCCUCAUGUCCCUCCCUCCCGACUACUCCAACGAAAUCUCCACCCUCGACCGCGAAAUCCUCAAGCACAAGCCCCACGACAUCCUCCAAUUCUGUGCCAAUUUCUUCAACCGCCGCCUCGAGUCGCAGCGAACCGAGUACCUGCUGUCGCAACAGCACGCCAGCCAUCAGGGCCGUGCCGAGAACAGCUUCCCGGGCAACAACCCCUUUAGCACCUCGCCCAGCAGCGGCAGCAGCUUCGUAAAGACGACCAUGCACCGCCUUGAGGAAGAAGAGGAGAACGACACCAUGACGUCGCCCACAGCCUCGACCUUUGCCGCCGUCGACUUUGCCCGCGCCCACAACAACGGCAACCACGGCAACCUGGGCACCGUGGGCGAGAGCGCCUUUGGCAACUUUGGCAACUUUGGCGGCUUUGGCGGUUCCUCCAAGAACAACAUCACCCAGAUGCCGCCGCUUGUCGGAGAGGGCCAGACCUUCCCCAACAACUACAACACCAACAGGCGCACCUCCGUCUCGGCCGAAUCCCUCAACCCCACCUCAAGUGCCGCCGACAACUUUACCCCGCCCUUUCAUCAGAAGACGCCCGACCAGCUGUCGCGUCUCAAGUCGGCAGUCUCUGGCAACUUCCUCUUUUCACAUCUUGAUGACGACCAAUCGUCAAUGGUCCUUGGUGCCCUGCACGAAAAGCCGAUACCAACAAAGGGCAUAAAGGUCAUCCAGCAGGGUGAUGUCGGAGAUUACUUCUACGUCGUCGAAAAGGGCUCAUUCGACAUCUACGUCAACCAGUCAGGAAAGCUCGAAGCGGGCGCCGAAGGUGCUGGCAACAAGGUAGGCACUGUCGGACCUGGGGGCUCCUUUGGUGAGCUAGCUCUCAUGUACAAUGCGCCCCGUGCCGCGACAGUUACUUCGACAGAGCCAUCAACCCUCUGGGCACUCGACCGCAUCACCUUCCGUCGCAUUCUCAUGGACAGCGCCUUCCAGCGUCGACGCAUGUACGAGGGCUUCCUCGAAGAGGUCCCCCUACUGUCCACCCUGACGCCCUAUGAGCGUUCAAAGAUUGCCGACGCUCUUGAAACCAAAAAAUAUCCGCCCGGAACAACCAUCAUCCAAGAAGGCGAUGUUGGCGAGUCGUUCUUCCUGCUUGAGGCUGGAGAAGCAGAGGUCUUCAAGCGCGGAAUUGACGGCCCUGUAAACCAAUAUCAAAAGGGCGACUACUUUGGUGAAUUGGCGCUGCUCAAUGAUGCGCCCCGCGCUGCCUCGGUCAUCAGCAAGACUGAGGUCAAGGUUGCGACUCUUGGCAAGAACGGCUUCCAGCGACUGCUGGGACCUGUCGAGGGCAUCAUGAGGCGAAACGACCCUACCAAGUCGGUAUCCGAAGGCGACCACGUAGAUCCCCUCUCCUAGACCUCGUAAUCGCAUUCACCGCAAACCCUGGGACACGAACAUGUUAACACCUGGGCAAGGGUCAAAGAUCAACGCUAUGAAAACACAAGGGAAUCUGGGUAUCGAUAUGUGCCUUGAUGUGGUGCUCUCUCACUCUUUGGCGUUGUCGCAUGUACUCCUACGCUUCCUACUGUCACUAAACAUCGACUACCGUGAUGGAAGAGAAAAGGCUUUUGUUUCCACGAGCAUAAUGGACUUUAGUAGUGCGCUGCUCUGUUACCUAUACUCCAUUGCGUAUGAUAGUCAUGACUUAGACUUAUGCAUCGAUACUUUGAUUGGGUCUAUAGUUAAGUUGUGACGUGUCGCAAUGUAUUUCAUAUGCUUUUUUUUAUAUUCUGUCUUUUGUAUGCAAGCAUCGAAUCCUUCAAAGCACGAGUGUCCUGCCUGACUCGCAUGCCGUGAUGCGCUCCUGCCGCCGCCAGCAAUGAAAC